GAGCAGCCUCGGAAGCUGGAGCAUGUCAUCAAGGUGGCACAUGCUUGUCUGCACCCCCAGGAACCUCUGCUGGACACCAAGAGCGAGGCCUACCUGCAGCAAGCACAGGACUUGGCGAUCCUGGAGAGCAUUAUCCUGCAGACUCUGGGGUUUGAGAUUACCAUUGAUCAUCCUCACACCCACGUGGUGAAGUGUACUCAGCUGGUGAGAGCCAGCAAGGAUUUGGCACAAACUUCCUAUUUCAUGGCCACAAACAGCCUGCACCUGACCACCUUCAGCCUGCAGUACACCCCCCCUGUUGUGGCCUGUGUCUGUAUCCACCUGGCCUGUAAGUGGUCCAACUGGGAGAUCCCAGUCUCCACGGACGGGAAGCACUGGUGGGAGUACGUUGAUGGCACUGUAACUCUGGAGCUCUUAGAUGAACUGACCCACGAGUUCCUGCAGAUCCUGGAGAAAACUCCCAGCAGGCUGAAACGGAUCCGGAACUGGCGG